UAUCGGAACACUGAACCACGCUCCUUUUCCGUGACAUUUGUAUUGUAUUGACGACAGAGCGGUGUUAAUUUUAUUAUAAUUAGGUGCAACAAUAUGAAAAUACAAUUGUCAUAUCGGUCGUGCUAUUUUACGGAACAUGGGAGAUAAAGAGCAUCAUGUUCACUUUAGUGGUGGAAGCGCACUUGGAAAAGACAAUAGUAUUAUGAUACAACCACAACGACAUGGCCAUAUAGAUGCUUAUUUAGGAUUCUUACAAUUAUAUCAUAGAUAUCACGUAGAAUUUUCUAUACCAUGGAACAAGUGUAUUCAUCCAGAAAAGAAAUCAGUAACUCCAGCAGUAAUUACAGGAAAGUACAAUGCAAAUUGUCAUAUUAUCAAUACUGCCCAAGAUAAAGAUGGCUUAAGGUUACUGAUAGAGCUAUUGGCUUAUAAAGAAAAAAUAUUAAAAGAAGAAGUUGAAGUAAUGUGUUGCUCAUUAGGAACACCGUUAAAAAUUGUGCUAAAUGCACGUGUCUUGGCGAAAGACAAGGGUACACCAUUAUUAAGGAAUGGUAUACAUAGUAUUGCUGUGGAAGAUACAAAUGAAAAUAAUCUCUCGGACUAAACUAUUGAACUAUUUCUCAAGGAUAAAUAUCUUAAAUGUCAAGGUACUAGAUGUGAAAGAAAUAACAAAUUAGCAUUGCUGAAACAUUCUAGAAUGGAGCGUAAAAUCGAAAGUGGUCAAUGAGAGAAUUGCCGUGCAAAAGUCAAAUAAUUUGCCUACUACUAUUGCUCUUAAGAAUGCAUCAUGCACGAAAUGCCUAUAAAUGUCUACAUCACGUAUCUUUUUCUAAGUAUAUGUACACACAGAUUGUUACAAGAUUUGUAUUUUAUUAUCAUUUUAUAUUGACUGUAUUGAUUUUUCAACGAAGCUUUCGCCUAUGCUCACAGAGACACUAAAUCUGUUUUCAAUGAAUGUAUAUGUAUAAAUUCAGAUUAUUUAUUUAAAUAAAGUAAUUCAACAA